UCGUGUUCGGCCGUAGUCACUUUAUUUACUGUCUAUCCCCAGCAUUUCUCUGCUUUCUAUCGGACUGCUUCCCUGUCGCAUUAUCUUAGUAUUGUCUUGUCGCUGUCUUCGCCAGACUCCAUUCCCACCUCAGCGGAAGCCAGCCGCAAACUCCCCGCGAGCGGUGGUCUCGAAACGUCAUACACGACCGGUGCGACAUAGCAGUACAUGGACAUUGUACAGACCAACAACAACAGCAUCGAUUGGGGAUUUUUUUAUUUUAUUUUAUUCAUUCAUUCAUUUAUUUAUUUAUUUAUUUUUUUUUUUUUCACGCUCGGAAUAACGAAGGACAGACGGUAUAGUGGUCAAUAUGUUUGCUGGGAAGCGUUUGAGCAAGGAGCUUGCUAAGAUGCAAGGCCACCUUCCCCCCGGAAUCACCUUCGCCAAAUCCGACAACUUAGAAGAAUGGCAAAUGGAUAUCCGCGUCCUCGACGACAACCCGUUAUACCAGAACCAGAUCUACCGUCUUAAAUUCACCUUUAGCCAGAAAUAUCCCAUCGAACCCCCCGAAGUCCAAUUUAUCCUCCUCCCAUCUACCACCGAAACCCCCCGCCCAAUCCCGAUCCACCCACAUAUCUACAGCAACGGGAUAAUCUGCCUGGACCUGCUGAGCACAGCGGGAUGGUCGCCUGUGCAGACGGUGGAGAGCGUGUGCAUGAGUAUCCAGAGCAUGUUGACGGCGAAUACGCGGGAUGAACGGCCGCCGGGGGACAGUGAUUUUGUGUCGUAUAAUAAGCGUCGGCCGAGAGAUAUCAAUUUUCAGUACGAUGAUGAUAACGUUUGAUUGGGGUAUAUAUUUUUAGAGAAAAUUGGAUGAUAAGGGAGGAUUGCAUGCGCUGGCGCUGUCCGGUGUCGUUCAUAUUGGUCAUUGUUUUAUUAUGGUAUCAUCAUGUUAUUCAUAGUCAUUGGAGUUGGUACAAUUGGUAUAGUUAAUCAUGAAC